UAGAAGAGAGACUAAAUAAACCCAAACCAACAACAAACAAACAAAACAAACAAACCCUUCCUUCCAAAGAUUCCCCAUUUCAUCACAAAAUAAAAAGAGAGCUUGCACGAGAGAAGUCCACCACCACCCCCAACCCCAAAAUCCACCCCCAAACUAAUAGACAAGAUCUCCCCUUUCCGCCUUUACCUUAGCCGUCUCCGCCGCCGCCGCCGCCGCCGCCGAAGCAGAGUUAUCCUCAAACGAUAGAUACCCAUUUCUCCAAAUCCUAAUAAUAAUAAAAAGAUAUUCCAAAGUCGACGUCUUUUUCCAAAUAACCUCAGAAAUGUCAAAACAAAUGUCUCAUCUUGACGACAUUCCAUCAACGCCGGGGAAAUUCAAGAUGGAAAAAUCGCCGUUCGUUCACAAUCGGCUGAGGUGGCAUUCCUCUCUUGCAAAGCUCACAUUUUGGUCAUUUAUCUUCUUGGGCCUGAUCUUGAUCUUCUUCUUUCGAUCUCCCUCUUCCAAUCCCCUUCCGCAAGAUCCUUCCCGACGCUCUCUCCGUACGUACAACUGGGGUGGACCCGCUUGGGAAAAAAGGGUUCGUUCCUCUGCUCGUGUCCGUUCCCACAAUGGCAUCUCCGUUUUGGUUACUGGAGCUGCCGGCUUCGUUGGAACCCACGUGUCGGCUGCUUUGAAAAGGCGCGGCGAUGGUGUUCUUGGACUUGAUAAUUUCAAUGACUAUUAUGACCCUUCACUGAAAAGAGCUCGGCAAGCACUUCUGGAACGAAGUGGGGUUUUCAUUGUGGAAGGAGAUAUCAAUGAUUCGGCUCUUUUGAGGAAGCUUUUCGAGGUUGUUGCAUUUACGCACGUUAUGCAUUUGGCUGCUCAAGCUGGGGUCAGGUAUGCAAUGGAAAACCCUGGCUCUUAUGUUCAUAGCAACAUUGCUGGUCUUGUUAGUUUACUUGAAGUUUGUAAGUCAGCCAAUCCACAGCCUGCAAUUGUGUGGGCUUCUUCUAGUUCUGUUUACGGUCUUAAUACCAAAGUUCCGUUUUCUGAGAAAGAUAGGACUGAUCAGCCUGCUAGUUUAUAUGCUGCUACUAAGAAAGCUGGUGAAGAAAUUGCACAUACUUAUAAUCAUAUAUAUGGACUUUCUUUAACUGGUUUGAGGUUUUUCACGGUUUAUGGUCCAUGGGGAAGGCCGGAUAUGGCAUAUUUCUUUUUCACUAGGGAUAUUUUGAAGGGGAAGUCCAUACCAAUAUUUGAGGCAGCUAAUCAUGGUACGGUGGCUAGGGAUUUUACCUACAUUGAUGAUAUUGUUAAAGGGUGUUUAGCAGCACUGGAUACUGCCGAGAAGAGUACCGGUAGUGGAGGGAAGAAGAAGGGUCCGGCUCAACUGAGGGUAUAUAAUUUGGGGAAUACUUCGCCUGUGCCAGUUUCAGAUCUUGUGAGUAUCUUGGAGAGGCUGUUGAAAGUUAAUGCAAAGAGGGAUAUUAUGAAGUUGCCACGAAACGGGGAUGUUCAGUUUACUCAUGCCAAUAUUAGCUUGGCUCAGAGAGAGCUUGGAUAUAAGCCCUCAACUGAUUUGCAGACUGGUUUGAAGAAAUUUGUCAGGUGGUAUCUUGGUUACUAUAAUGGUGGGAAGAAGGCUGCUGGGUAAUUCAUUCUUUGAAUUGCGGUAGGAUCCUCCAAAUUCUUGUUCAUUAUCAUUCGAAUCCUUGUUUUUAACAUUUCUCUGUUCGUUAGGAAAUUAUCGUUGUUUCAUACAUCUUUAGUGAUGCCAUCGUAUAAGGAAGGAUAUUAUGUCCUACUUGGGAGAAGUUUUGUGAUAACUGGACAUUGUUUGCUGGCCAGGCACACGUUGUAUCAAAAGAACACCAGAUUUUUUUUUUUUCAUUUUUCUGUCCCUUGAAAUGUAACUGUUGUAGUUUUUCCCUUUAGAACUUAUGAACUGAUAGAGCAUAUGUCAUUGAUAAUAAAAUUGAACUCGAUAAUAUGACCGUUGGGUUGCAUUUGGAAAUUUA